GCUAACACGCCACUCCCACUUUGACUAACUAGUUGAGCUCCCUUUCGACCAAUAACUCCAGGACGCAACACUGCCGCUAGACAGUUUAAAAGCGUGCGACCGGGCGUUAGCUCAGGAAUGGAGGGCAGUGACGGAGGGCAAGGCGCGGCACGGGGACGGAGCGGCCGCUGCGAGGACGCAGGAGGCGCUGGGCGGUCUCAGCAACUCAUUUUGCCGUAGCAGUAUGGCAGCGCUACCAAAACACGCACAAGCGUUUAGGGUUCUUGCAGCCUUAAACUGCGGGCCCGGCCCGCGCCACAAACGUCAGCGCCUCGCACACAGUGCUCAAGCUAAAGAGCAGGCUUCACACCGUGAGCGCACUGGCACCGAGGCUGAGCAGGGCGAGGAGGAGCGCGACCAGGGCCCCCGCGAGGUUAAGGUGUCCCGCCGCGAGCAGCUGAAAGCUCGCCAGGCGCAGGAGAAGGCGGAGCUCGAGGCGCAGCUCAAAAAGCGGCAGGCGGAGCUCGAGGCGGAGCUCAAAAAGCGGCAGGCGGAGCUUGCUGCGGCGCAUGAGGCUGAGCUUGCUGCCCUGCUGGACGAUGGUGGCGAAAGUGAUGAAGACAUCAAAAUGGGCCACGGUGGAGGAGCAGCGGCGGCGAAGGAAGCUGAGGCAGGCGAGGCGAUGGUGGCGGCGGAAGGAGCGGCUGCGGCGGCAGCAGCGGGUGCGGAAGCGCCGGCUGCUGCUACGGGGGCAGCGCCAGCAGCUGGCCGCGGCGGGACUGCCGCGGCGUCGCGCGGGCAGCAAUUGGAGGCGGCGGCGGAGCAGCCCACCGUGCAGCAGGGGUCCCGGCGCAUGAGCGACGGCACGUCGGACGCGGCGGGGCUCGAGGGGCAGGGCUCCCACAAGCCGCCGCCGCAGCAGCAGGGGCAGAGCCCGCAAGCGGCGGCUAAGUCUGCGCACGCCGGCCAGACCACGGUGGAGGGACUGGCUGAGGCCGGGGGCGCCGAGGUGCUCGCGGAGGGGGAGGGGCCGGGUGUGGAGGGGGAGGGCGUUGGGGAAGUCAGCGGCGGGUAAGGCCCCUGGGAAGGCCUUUCAGCUGCUGCUGUUAAGUAUUACCAUCGCCUGCAGCCGGGUUGACAGCAGGUGCCCCUAGUGCCCGCCGCCAGGGGCCAUGCAUGUUUACACAUUGUCUGGGCAUUCCAAGCAACGCAUGCUGAUGUAUCAGACGGCGGCACUCUUGACUCUUUUUUGCGCUUGCAAUCCGUGCUUACACCCCGGAGGCUGUGAGGGCCUGGCCAUGUGAGUGUGGGUGCGGACUACAGCUGGUGGAACGGUGACGUGUUGACACACACAUGAUGCAAGGAAGCCGCCAGAUGCCACACGACCAGCACAGGACACAGCCAGCAAGCCUGGAAAACAUUGUUGACGAGCGUGUGCGUGCGUGCGAGUGCGCUCACCGACACUGGCCAUGGGAAUGGGCUCGGGGUUGGGGUAGACGGCACGACUCUUCCAUGCCUCAAACGACCGCGUCACAAGGCGCUCGGGCAGCUGGUUGAUGCAGGCGGAGAAGCUGUGUACUGGGCGGGGGAGCUGCAGGGAUGGUGAGGAUGGGGGGAGGGUAGCAGGGAUGGUGGGGGGCAGCAGGCAGAUGGUUUUGUAUAUGUAGGACACUGUGGGAGGGGCCGGGGCAACGUGCGUGCCGGUUGGGGAGGCACGGUGGGCUGGACUAGCGCGCCGCGUGAAAGCGAGCGCAGCAGCUCAAGAAGCCUAGUUCC